AUCAAACAAAACGCAAGGGUUUAACGACGAAACAGAAAAGAGAAGAGAGAGAGAGAGGAACGGAACUGAACUGAACUAAAAUAUUCUCUUCUUAAAUCUGCUAUGAAGUUCCUUCAAUCUCUCUUAGGUAAAACCCGUUUUGCAGUGCGUGAUAGGUUACUGUGUCGGGUUUCGGGGUUCCGAUUCUUCAAUGCUUCCCCAGAAGAGUAUUCCAAGAGGAACUACGCUAACAAUGUCGCUGAAUACAACACUGUUUUGGGUUCUCUCAAUGCUCAAAGAAGGGUUUUUUUGCUGAGGGAUGUGUAUGAUGAUAUGAUGCUUGAUGGAGUGAAGCCAACCCGUGACACUUUUCAUUCGCUUAUGGUUGGAACCAUGAGAGGCUCUAGAAUGCAUGAUGCUUUCUUCUUCAAGGACCAAAUGAAAAUCACGGGUUUGGUUCCCGAUGUUACUUUUUACAACUUUCUCAUUUCAACAUGUGGGAAAUGCAAGAACUCUGAUCAGGCUAUUCAGAUUUUGGAGGAGAUGAAAUCCAUGGAAGUAAAGCCAAAUGUACAAACCUACAUCUGCUUGUUACAUGCUUGUGCAGCACAAGGGCGCGUAGACCGAGUGUAUGCAAUUGUCCGUGAUAUGACUGCAGCUGGUCUGGGAUUAAACAAGUUCUGCUAUGCUGGGCUUAUAGUUGCACACAAGAACAAAACACCUUUUACUGAUGAUUUUGAUGCAAAAGUUACCGAGUUCGUGGAGAGGUCGAAGAUAUGGUCUUCAGUAGAAACCGACAGUGCCAAUGCUGAGAAUGUGAUGGUGGGUGUUACUGAUGAGGAGUUAUAUAACUUACCAACGGCAGAAUACAUUAAUAGGCGCGGAGGAUUCGUGAACAGGCCAUUUACAGCAUAUCAUACUGCAUUCAAUGCUGCUGCAGACUUCAAGAAUGUUAAGUUGACGGAUACACUUCUUGAAAUGCUGAGCAAGGAGAAGAAAAUUCCUGAUAUCUAUAUUGUCAUGCAAGUAAUUAGGUGCUAUUGUCAUGCUGGAGAAAUUGAACGCGGUCUUCAAUAUUUUGAGGAAUUUAUAAAUUUAGGAAGGGGUAAUGCUGCCGAACUUUUUGUGACACUUGCCGAAGGGGCAAUGGUUGGUUACACUGAGAAAGGAAUGCAAAUUUCUCAAGAUAUACUGGUAAGGAUGAAUGAAAGAAACUUUUUCAUGAAUGCCAGAAUGGGAAGUGAGCUCCUGCUCAGGGCAGCUGGUGAAAAGACUGGAGGAUAUACAAAUGCUAACUACAUAUGGGACUUGAUGCGAUCCCGUAAUGUCUACCCUACGUUGCCUGCGGUGGAAGCAUACUACCAGGGUUUGAAGGAUCGACAGAUUCCUCAAGAUGAUCCAAGACUCGUAUUGGUUACUCAAAUGUAUGACAACCUUCGCUCGAGAUUUAGGGGAAGUGGGAAUGUAUAGAGAUUUAUGUUCUUUCUUUUUUUUGUUGUGAAUUCUGUUAGCUGUUGAUAGGUUUUUCUGUUUUGAAAAGAAAAUCCAUGAGUUACGAAGAAUUUUUUAAACUUGAUUCAUGUAUGAGUUGAUCUUAAGAAUUCAUUAAUUCACGCAGUCUUCAUCAAUCCUGUCUAAGGUGUAAUCUCAUUGAAAUUGGUGCACUUGGUUUGAUUUUUAUCAACCAAUGAUUUAUUGUUUUAAAAUAAAUGAA